GGCCUGGCUCACCUCCACGCCCACAAGGUGAUCCACCGGGACAUCAAAGGGCAGAACGUGCUGCUAACGGAGAAUGCCGAGGUGAAGCUGGUGGAUUUCGGGGUGAGCGCCCAGCUGGACCGGACAGUGGGGCGCAGGAACACCUUCAUCGGCACCCCCUACUGGAUGGCCCCAGAGGUGAUCGCCUGUGACGAGAACCCCGACGCCACCUACGACUACAGGGUAGGGCAGGCCCCAUGGAUUGGGGGCUCGGCAGGGAUCCCUGCCCCACGGGGAGGAGGGGCAGCCUGCCCUUGGGAUCCAGGACAACUUGGCCCACCGGCGCAGGGCCUGACUUCGGGGGGAACCAGCCCCAUUGGGGUCAGCGCCACCCUCUCCCCACCUCCAUUAAUCUUGCCCAGAUCUUGGCCCUGGGGCGCGCCUGGCCUCUCGCUGGGCCUGGGGGGCCUCCGCUGGCUCGCCCGCCGGGUCCCCCCCAGCCCAGGGAUCCCCCUGACCCCCGGGAGGUCAGAGCCAGAGGGUGAACCUCAGGACCUCCUGAAUCCCUGUAGUGCCAGAGAGUCCUGUCACCCGUCCCUACGCCACUGCCCUUCGCCAGGGUGUGCAGGGGGGACACAGCGUAGGGGAGGGUCUCAUGGGACCCCUGAUGACCCCAGUGUCCUCCCCGCACUCUGUUUUGACCCGCUCUGGAUUCUCCAUAUCCCCAGUCGAUCUGCGUGGGGCCAUGACCGUUGCGAGCGCGGGGCAUGGCACGCUGAGGGGACCCUGGGGCUGGUGGGGGGGUGCAGCCCCCAUGUGACUGUGUCUCUCUCCCCAGCUCUGUGCGACAUGCACCCCAUGCGAGCGCUCUUCCUCAUCCCCCGCAACCCACCGCCCAAGCUCAAGUCCAAGAAAUGGUCCAAGAAAUUCAUCGACUUCAUAGACCCCUGCCUGAUCAAAGCCUACAUGAGCCGCCCGCCCACGGAGCAGCUGCUGAAAUUCCCCUUCAUCCGCGACCAGCCCACGGAGCGCCAGGUCCGCAUCCAGCUCAAGGACCACAUUGACCGCUCCCGGAAGAAGAGAGGAGAGAAGGAUGAGACGGAGUACGAGUACAGCGGCAGCGAGGAGGAGGAUGACAGCCACGGGGAGGAAGGGGAGCCCAGCUCCAUCAUGAACGUGCCGGGCGAGUCGACGCUGCGGCGGGAGUUCCUGCGCCUGCAGCAGGAGAACAAGAGCCACUCGGAGGCGGCGUUGAAGCACCAGCAGCAGCUGGCGGCCCAGCACCGCGACUCCGAGGCCCACAUCAAACAGCUGCUGCACGAGCGCCAGCGCCGCAUCGAGGAGCAGAAGGAGGAGCGCCGGCGCGUGGAGGAGGAGUAUAUCAGGCACAAGUUAGAGGAGGAGCAGAGGCAGCUAGAAAUCCUCCAGCAGCAGCUACUGCAGGAACAGGCCCUGCUUCUGGAGUACAAGCGGAAGCAGCUGGAGGAGCAGCGGCAGUCGGAGCGGCUCCAGCGCCAGCUGCAGCAGGAACACGCCUACCUGAAGUCCCUGCAGCAGCAGCAGCAGCUCCAGAAGCAGCAGCAGGGGGCGCCGGCGAGCGACAAGAAACCGCUCUACCACUACAACCGGAGCAGCGCCCACGCCGCUGACAAGCCUGCCUGGGCCCGGGAGGUGCGUGGGGCAGGCGUGGGGCGCGGGCUGGGUACGUGGGGCGGGCGCAGGGCGCGGGCUGGACCCUGCUCUCCACUCCACAGACCCCGUAGCAAGUCUGCCUGGCACAUCCGCAUGCACAGCCGGCUGGAGAGGGUGCUGCCCGCGGCCCCCCCUCCCCAGCCGCCCAGGCGGGGGCAGCGCCGGGCCCCGGCCCCCAUGCCAAGCACCAGUAGCAACCCGGACCUGCGGCGCAGCGACCCCGGCUGGGAGCGAGCCGACAGCCUGCUGCAGGCGGGCAGUGCCAACCUGCCCCAAGCCGGCUCCCUGGAGCGCAACCGCAUAGGGGCCACGUCCAAGCGAGAGAGCUCCCCCAUCCUGCCCCCGGUCAGCAAGCCCAAGGCGGAGGAUCACCGCUCGCGCCCUGGCCGGCCCGCGAGCUAUAAACGCGCCAUCGGCGAGAACUUUGUGCUGCUGAAGGAGCGGCCCGAGGAGCCCCCCAAGCCCCCCAAGAAGGCCAUGGACUACUCCUCCUCCAGCGAGGAGCCAGACAGCAGUGAGGAGGAUGACGACGAGGCCGAGGGGGAGCCCCAGGACGGGGGGGGUGAGCCCGCCGGGGCCAGGCUGGGCGGGGACGGCGACGGCGACACGGACAGCGUCAGCACCAUGGUGGUGCACGAGGUGGAGGAGCCAUCGGGCAGCGGGUCGGAGAGCGGCUCUUACGGCGGGGACGGCACCAUGCUGGUGCAGCGGACCCCCGAGGAGGAGCGCAGCCUGCUCCACGCCGACAGCAACGGCUAUACCAACCUGCCGGACGUGGUGCAGCCCAGCCACUCGCCCACCGAGCCCAAGGGCCACAGCUCCCCUGCCAAGGACAGCGCCAGCGACUACCAGUCGCGGGGGCUGGUCAAGGCCCCUGGCAAAAGCUCCUUCACCAUGUUCGUGGACCUGGGCAUCUACCAGAGCACGGGCAGCGGGGACACCAUCCCCAUCACUGCGCUGGUGGGGGCUGACCCCCGGCAGCUGGAGCAGCUGCAGCUGGAGGUGCGCAAGGGCUCGGUGGUCAACGUGAACCCCACGAACACGCGGCCCCACAGCGACACCCCCGAGAUCCGCAAGUACAAGAAGCGUUUCAACUCGGAAAUCCUGUGCGCCGCCCUGUGGGGUGAGUGUGGGGGGUUCCAGGCUGGAUGGGGGGCAACCCCCCGCCACUGUGGGUCCUGGUGGGGAGGAGAGGG